AUGAGGUCGCCGGUUUGUGUUGUUAAGCAAGUCGCUUGCGCUCUUUAUUACCUCAGUGAUGAGGGACGCUUGAGAAAGACAGCCAACGCAUUUGGAUUAUCUCGUCAGGUAGUUUCUAAGAUAGUACGAAAGGUGUGCAAAGCCAUAACUGUUCACCUUGGUCCAAGGUAUAUAGGACUACCCUCAAAUGAGGUGGAAGUUAAGAAUUUGGUUGAAAACUUUUAUCAAGCACACAACUUCCCUCAAUGUUUGGGGUCUAUUGACUGUACACACAUAGAUAUAAAGCAGCCCUCCUUGAACUCAACAGACUUUGUGAACAGAAAGCACCGCUAUUCUCUGAAUGUGCAAGCUGCAUGCAACUACAAAUACUGUUUCAAGGAUGUUGUUGUAAAAUGGCCUGGAAGUGUCCAUGAUACUAGAAUUUUUGCAAAUUCUAACUUGAAUGAAUCACUAAAAAAUGGAACAAUUCCACCCGGCAGAAGACACCUUUUGCCUGAUGAAAGUUCAGGACCAGUAUUUCUUUUGCGGGAUCCUUUAUAUGACUUAAUGCCAUAUUUGAUGAAGGAGUAUGGUAACGGGGGCUCUACCAAGCAGGAGCAAUACUUUGGAAUGCGUCUUUGUCAAGCACGUAUGGUAAUUGAAUGUGCUUUUGGCCGUCUAAAGCACGAUUCGGAGCAUUAA